AUGUUUGUUCGCGCCGUUGUCACACUACAUAGCAGUAUGCGUGUGUGUGAGAUUAUUCUAGUUGAGUAUCAUUUCGUGCGCACGGUGUCUUUUUUUCCUUAUUUGUGAAUCAAUUAUCACAAAAUGUCAUUUGGAACAGGCUUUGGAACGUCCACAUCAGCACCAGCUUCUUCCUUUAGUUUUGGUUCGACAGCAACUGCAGCUCCCACACCGAUUAAACUAGGAUUUGGAACACCAGCCUUUGGAUUAAGUACGUCAACGACUUCAGCCACGAAUCUCUUUGGUACCCCAUCAACGCAAACCACUGGAUUUGGAACUGGAACAGGAUUUGGAUCACCGGCAGCUACAGGUUUUGGUAGUAUACCGAAUAUUGGAUUUGGAACAACUUCGGCAUUUGGUACUCCUGCUACCAGUGGUUUUGGUACUGGAUCAUCCUUCGGUACAACUUCAGCGUCUACGACCACUGGAUUUGGAACUCCUUCAACGUUCGGCAGUACUCCUGCUUCAUCAACUGGUUUUAAUAUAUUUGGCACAACGACGGCCACGACGUCAUUAGGAUUUGGCGGUUUUAGCGGAUUUGGAACGGCAACGACGACCUCUGCACCAAGUUUAUUCAGUGGAUUUGGCACGACAAGUACGGUUCCAUCGACAAAUUUUUCUUCGUCCAUAGGUGGUUUUGGUAGCUUCGGCCAGAAACCUACAACGACAACCGCCAUCACAGGUUUUGGCACGCAAACAACAGGUAAUAUUUUUGGCUCCACUGGUUUUACCGGGUUUGGAACUGGAAUACAAACGCAACAACAGCAACAACAAAUACAACAGCAGCAGCAGCAACAACAACAACAACAACAGUCCAGCGGUAUUUCUGAGGCACUUUAUAACGCUGUGUUCAAUUGUCAAUUAUACAAUGACGAGCGAGAUAAUACAAUUGCCAGAUGGAACCUCAUUCAAGCAUUGUGGGGUACCGGAAAGGCAUAUUAUUCGGUAAAUGCACCGCCUAUCGAUUUAGAUCAAGAAAAUCCAUUAUGUAGAUUUAAGGCCAUUGGCUAUAGCCGUAUUCCCGACGCCGAUAAUAACGAUGGAUUGGUUGUACUUUGUUUUAAAAAGAAAGAGAAAAAUGUGACAGAAGGGAAACAACAAUUAAUUGCAUUUUUAAACGGCAUCCUUGGAAAUAAACCUAACCUGACAGUGAUAAUUGAUAGUAUUAAGUCUACAGGAAAAAAUAAAAGUCAAGUGACUAUCUUUAUUUCUGAAAAAGGAGUAACUGGAAGUUCGAGAAAGAUUCCCGCUACUGAAUUGGUCGCAUAUCUUUCUCUGCCCAUGCAAAAACAGCAACUUGUACAAAAUGGCGUGAAGGACUUGUUUCCGUUCGUUAAACUCGAUCCUACUCAAUUGAAGGAAUAUUUAGAUAAUCCGCCUUGUUCGAUUGAUCCACGAUUGUGGAAGCAGGCUCAAUUGGACAAUCCAAAUCCUGAGAUGUAUAUACCCGUACCGAUGAUAGGCUUUCAGCAAGUUAAAUACAGACUGAAAUGUCAAAAGGAAGAGACCGCUAGGCAUAGAGCUUUUCUAGAUAUGGCUGCGGAGAGAAUUCAAGGUUUACAAAGGCAACAUACCGCUACGCAGGCAAGGUUAAAGGAACAUAGGAGAAUAUUAUUAGAACUACAGCACAGAGUAUUACAGGUAUUGGUACGUCAGGAAAUUACGCGUAAGGUCGGUUUGUCAUUACAACCAGAGGAAGAAGUUUUGACGCGUAGAUUCGAAGCUAUGCAUUCUCAAAUAAGUGCACCUACACAAUUUAAAGGAAGAAUCAGCGAAAUGUUGUCUCAGCUUAGAAUGAGACGACAUAUAGAUAGUCAAAAUCAAGAAAGGUAUACGAUGGAUCCGAUAGCGCAAGACGACAUUAAAACGUAUUUAAGCAUGGAGCAGCAGGGGAUGGCUCAACUUAUCGAUACGAUAAAUGCCGACUUGGAAAGUUUAAAAAUCAUUAAGGACGGUAUGUCGGAUCUUCUAUUGAGUCAUAGUAUACCCUGAGGAACAUUAUAGCAAAGAGUAUGAAAUUAUGCGAAUGCGUUCGCUCGACAGAUUGUGAUAUGUUGAUCGCAUCGGAUAACAUGUCGACAGUGUUGUUGUACAAACUAUUGCGAUUCGAUCGAAGUUUGCGGGAGUUCGCCGAAUACUUCAUCCAGUACGUUUGUUAACAACUGGUGCCAUAUGUGUUAUCAUUCCAUAAGUCUGUCUGUCUAUCAUUAAAAAUGAUUAAAAUGCAGCAAAACAAAAAGAAAAAGAGAACAAAAAGAAAAGGUUUCCAUUUGUAGUAGAUGCAUAUUAAUUUUGUUACACUUAAAUAUGAUAUAUUAAGUGCAUUGUCUGCUGCUUACGUCGUUGUACACGUGUUUAUUAAGAAACAGUACGAUGGUGAAAGGUCUACGCAUCAAGUCAUUUCAUUAUUGUUGAAGGAAGAAGGAUUAUGCGAUGCCGAGGAAAAAGAAUGAGAGUGUUGGGGAUUUGUUACAUUUAAAAGGAAUAAAUGAUUUUUACAUAAA